CCUAGUUGGUACUAGAUUACUUUGAUGGAAAAGCAACAAAAAAGAUUCUGCAAAUAUAUCUAUAUAUAAAACUAGCUUUGAUAUAUUGUUCUUGUACGUAAAAUAAUAAGAAUAUGGGAAGAACAAUUUCAAAGACUCAAAUUUACGCAAUGCAGGAAAACCAACAACAACUACCUUGUAUUAGCUGCACCACUUUCAACAUUCUUGCUCCUAUAUACAAGCGUAUUAACCAUGAGGAUGAGAGUUGUCGUGAAAGUGAGUAUAGAGGAUGUUGGUUGGCGAGGAAUAACAGGAUUUUGGAUUGGUUGUUGUUUGAGAGAUCUUCCAUUAUUUGUCUUCAGGAAUUUUGGGUUGGAAAUGAAGAGCUUGUUAAUCUGUAUGAGAAGAGACUUGGUGAUGCUGGAUAUAUUCAUUUUAAGCUCGGAAGGACUAACAACCGUGGCGAUGGUCUUCUGAUAGCAGUGAAAAAGGAAUAUUUCAAAGUUAUAAAUUACAAGGAGUUGCAUUUCAAUGAUUGUGGUGAUCGAGUAGCUCAAUUGUUACAUGUUGAGUUAGCUUUUCCACUUUCACAGGGUCAAAAAAGUGGUGUUAGACAAGAAAUUCUAAUUGUCAAUACUCACCUACUAUUUCCUCAUGAUUCAAGUCUAUGCCUUGUGCGACUUCAUCAGGUUUACAAGAUACUUCUAUAUGUGGAAUCUUAUCAGAAAGAGUGUCAACUUAAGCCUUUACCAAUUAUACUAUGCGGUGAUUGGAACGGAAGCAAACGCGGACAUGUUUACAUGUUCCUAAGGUCUCAAGGGUUUGUAUCAUCCUAUGAUACUGCACAUCACUACACUGAUGCAGAUGCUCACAAGUGGAUUAGUCAUCGUAACCAUCUCGGAAAUACAUGUGCUGUUGAUUUCAUAUGGCUCCUGAAUCCUGACAAAUAUCGAAAACUGCUAAAGUCAAGUUGGAGCGAAGCAGUUUUUGGCAUGUUCAAGUAUCUAUUGCAAAGAACUUCAUUGACAGAGAGUGCUGCAUUUGAUUUUCUAAAGGAUGAAAAUGAAGAUUGUAUUACAUAUUCUGGUUUUCGUAAAGCGCUUCAACAGCUUAAUUUGAUUGGUCAUUGUUAUGGUUUGAGUGAUGAAGAGACAAAGGACUUGUGGUUUCAAGCAGAUAUAGAUGGAAACGGUGUAAUUGAUUAUAAACAAUUUCUGUAUCGAAUAUGGAAUCAAACAGAGUCAGAUUAUCAAAGAGAUGACAAAUCGAACGAGACGCAAGACAAAGAAUCAACUGAUAGUGAAGAGGAGGAAACAAUUGGCUUUAGUGUUAAAAAUGCAGUGUUGUUCCCUCAAGAGAUGGAGAAGGGUAGUUGGCCAGAAGACUAUUCCCUUUCUGAUCAUGCAAGACUAACUGCAGUCUUCACACCUAUAAGAAUUGCAUGCUCUCACAAGAUUUCUUGACAAAGGCUUGAGAAAACACUGCUAGAUUAAGUUUUAGUGUUCAAGAUUUUCUGUACAUGAAUAACACAGAAGAGUGAGUGAAACAUAUAAUGAAGAUUUCUGCAUCACCAUUGGCUAGAAUUGGUCUCACUUUCAUGAAAAGAUAGAACACAAGAAAACUCAAUAAAGAGGCAAUUGGAAGCUUUACAAACUGUAGUAUUCUCAAAUUCUCAUACAUACCCUGUAUUACUUACUGAUAUUAUUUAUAGUAUGAGGAAACUAAUUGUUUCUUGUCACAGAUUUCUCAAAUUAUAAUUGUUUCUUAAACAAUGACAAAGUGGAUUGUCAAGAAAGAAUAAUAUAUGUUUCUUUAAAUAAGAUAAUGAUAACCACAAAGCAGGGGCCAUUUCUGUUAACUAGAAGUAACAAACUAAGAACAUGCACCAAGAGAUAAGGGUAAAAUUGAUGGUACAUGAAACAUAUGAACCAACUAGCAGACACACUGGACACAACCCUGAACCGUCCAUACCAAUUUUAAUCAAAGUAGUCAAUCCUGGAUAGUGGCGCGGAGCGCCGACACCGAAAAAGGGAUUGCGGGAUGACCACUAUUUAAUCAUUCUUUUUUGACAAAUUACAUGAAUAAUAAUUGUAUGCAUAUGAAGUGCAGAGGGAAGACCGAGGAACUUGUGAUUUU